AACAUAAAUUGUAAAUAAAAUAAAAUGGCAGUUGAUGCGGGCACACGAAAAAGAAAAAGAAAACAUAAGGAACUGGAAAUUGGGCAGGAGGAAGAAACCGUUGUGCCCACAAAAGUAGCCAAGCAAUCGAAACCUAAAAAACAUAAAAAAAAGGCAUCGAUAAGUGAUAAAACAAACAAUGAACCUAAUGAUGAACAACCAUUUGAAGAAGAUCCAGUUCCUGACGAUGGGGCCAUUGCUGGUGGGUCUUUGCUUAAGGCGAGCGCAGCAAAGAGCGAAACUAAUAAUGACUCUGGUUUUGAAGAAACAAAAUUUUCUAAAGAUUUUAAAAUGUUAAAUUUUAGAGAAAAACUAAGGGGUAACAAUUUUAUAACAGAGUUGCGACACUUUUUGCAUUUGGCACACACACGUCCACAGAUAAUUGCAAAGUACAUAGAAAAACGCGGAAAGCCGCUUGAAUUAGCAGAGGCGUUGGAACGCAUCGAUAAAACAAAUGCUGCACACGUUAAUUAUGUGUGUGAAGCAUUGCAAUUGGUGGUUAUGGAAAUUAUAACGAAUCAAAAAGAUCAUAUGGAAUCGGCAGUGCACGCAUGUCGUUAUUUCUUGAAAUCCUAUGGCAGUACUUUAGAGCUUUUAUUGCAAUCGACGCAGUUACAACAUCGCCGCACUGCACUUAAACUGUUGACGGCAAUUGUUUGUGCGGAACCACAAUUGGGGCGACAAAUAUUAAGUUCAUAUGAUGUGCUUUCGAAUGUCAAAACAAUAGAGAACUUAUUGUCUCAUUCCAAAUUUGAAAUAAAUGACAGUGAAACUGUGCGCAAGUGCUACAUACAUUUUGUGCUAGCCUAUUUGAUUGAUGGUAAUACUUUGCUCAUACGUAAUAUUCUCGAUCGUGGUGCACUGUUACGUGGGCUAGCAUCCGGACUUAUAUACGAUGACCAUGUCACCGCUUGUGUAGUUAUUAGUACUUUACGCCAAUAUGUGUUGGAAUGUGCAGAAAUUUCGAAGACGAAGAAGACAAACGUUUUUGAUUUGGAAUGUUGUAAGCAUUUUGUGCGUUUGUAUGAUUGGCAAGGACCAAAAGUGUAUGCGGCCAAAGCGAGCAAAAAACAAAAAACUGAUUUAAUGCCAAAGGAAAUUCAAGAAAUUGUGGAUGCCGAUGAAAGGGAUGCAGUAGCAAGUGCGGCACAUGAGUUUUUGGUCAUUUUACUCACAUCCCGAAAACAUGGUAUAACAUUUGAUGCCAUCACUCAUUUCCGUGAGAAACAUAAUAGCAUACAGGGUAAAUUGCUUGGAUUUCUUUAUAAGCCUUGGUGUGAUACGCGUAAAAUCGAAUUAGUCGUAAAAGUGUUGUUAGCGUGUCCCGAGCUUGCACGUCACACUGUGCGUCAUUUUUCUGGUAUUGUGAAUCCUAUGCGUACAAUAGCACGAGAUUGGGUUGCUGCAGUUAACUUUUUAAACACAAUUAUUGCUACAUUACACCCUAAGUUAUUGGGCAGUGCUUUGGAGAAAUUAACUAUAACAGAUUUCACAUAUUGGAUCAAAGAUAUUUGUUUACCUGUUGAGACGCUUGUGUUGCUAACUGGUGCUAAAAUGUUAAAACAUCAACAAUUUUCUUUUCGUUUAGCAACCAAUCGUUUGCUUUUAACCAUGUUCACACAGUACCAAAAUUAUGUAGAAAUUGUGAGAAAACGUGAACAGGUGAAGAGCGGCAACUCAUUGCGGCGUUUCAAAUUUGAUUUACUGAAUCAUAUACUUGUCAAUUUUCCAACAGUUGAAGAUAUUUUGAAUUCACUUUAUGCAUCUAUACAAUUGCAACAUAAUGAAGAUGUUAAUGUGCUGGAACACUUAGAUGUCGCUUUGGAUCUUUUGUUGGUGAUAUGCAAAGAGAACCAAGCCUUUGUGAAUAAAACCAGUACAAUUAUUGAUUAUAUAAAGCUACUACGUCCACUUUAUCAAACGGAAAAUAGCGCUAAUAUAAAAUUAGAGUUAAAGGCGAUCAAAACAAUAUUAUUACUCUUUCCAAAGGCAUUGGAGCCAGGUGAAGAGUUAUUCAACAAUGUGUUAACUUCUUUCAUCAAGGCAUUUGUGUUUGGAAGUGGUGAUGUGCAAAGAGAAGCAGGUGAAUUGCUACGUGGCAUCUUUAUAAAUACUGGAAUAUUUGAUUCAGGUGAACUGGAAAUUGACUUAUGGUUAGAGGCGUUAAGAUUUUGCGAUGCUGAAACUGUUGAUAUUGUGACACAGGUCUUCAAUGAAGUCUUACAGGUCACAAAACUUGAAGUGGAACAAAUUAAAACCGAUGAAAAAGUGGAAAAUUCAAAAUCUUUGCAAAAAUUAUUUGAAAAUAUUGAGCAAGGAUUGACACUGCAGGCAUACAUAGAAACACUCUCGAUAAGCAAACUAAUGCCAUUAAUUUUCAAAGGCGUUGAAAUUGAGGAACAAUUGGGAAAAUACUUAGAAACUGUUUGCUUGCUUAUGUAUCAUUAUUAUCCCAUGCCGAGUCAUGUUUAUAAAUUGUAUGAAAUGAAGUUUGAACAACUAAAAUCUUAUAUGGAGAGUUGGUUGCCUGGUAAUGAGCGUGAACCAAUACAAUUAACAGACUCAUGGGCCAAAGUAGUGCCUUAUAUGCAAAGUGUACAAAGUGCAGUCUUAAAAGGAGAUCUAGACUUCAUAAAUAUAUUCUGUAAAUCAAGCGCAGACCAUACUUUGGAAGUAGAAGUAAUGGGUAAGCAACUGAAAUUACCUGGAAUUUUUUGCAAUGAACGUUUGGUUAUGCUUUACGUGCAACAAGUGCUAUUUUUGGUGGCACAACUUACAGUCAAACAGUUAUUGACACGCGUGCAAGCGCAGAAAUCUGCUGAUUUACUAAUAAAUUUAUUGAGUGUAAUACGUAAGACUGAUGAAAAACGUUGUGAAGCUAAUGCAGCUGUUGAGGAGCAAACAAAUGUUAGUUUUAUACAGAAAAUGAUCAAGUAUAUUUUCAGUGUGCGUAUUGCACAUAUAAACACAGCAGACCUCCUUAAUGCCAACAGCGAAACAAAUUUAAAUUUUAUAUACUUUUUGUAUCAAAUCACUGAAUAUUGUAAUGUUUUGCCAGAUUUUACAUUGCACUCCACAAAUUAUAGGCUUAAAAUCGUUAAAGCUGUUGGCAUUUCACUGCAGUCUCUCGAAGAAACCGUAACUCACAGCUCUAAGCUUUUGGAUGGUAUUAGUUUGAUAAAGGCGUUAAAUUUGGAAACUGAGGACUGUAUUGAAAUAUUAAAUUUGGUUAUCAAUAAAGUCAAGUACACAGAUUUGUUUGUGUCUGACGGUACAACAAAAAGCUUCUAUUAUGAAUUGCUUGUCUGUGUAUUGAUGCGUUUAGCUGGCUUACAAAACGCUAUUAAAUGUGAUGACUUUAUUAAAAAGUUUGCCAAAUUAUAUAUAAACUUCGUGAAGAAACUUGGACAAGAAAGACAAGUUGAAGAGCUGGAAGAAGCAUUUUAUAAUUUUUUGCUACUUUACCAUCAAAAUAUUAAAUUGUUAAGUAUCAAAUUCUUUAGUUCACUGCUUACAGAACGUAAAACAAGUAAGUCUAGCAUAAAGUUAGCUUGUUUAUUGCUAUCACGCGAUACAAAACUGCACCAAGAGUUCAUCACACAACUGCCCGAAAAAAUCACCAAAAAAGAAUUAAUUUAUCCGCUUUUAAGUACAGCGUUUAAGCAGAAUUUGUUAUUUGAGAGUUCCUUACUCCAAAGUAUUUAUCAGGAAUAUAAAAAUGGUUUCAUGAAAACUAUCGAAAAACCACAAAAAGCAGGUGUGAUCUAUAAGGAGCACGCCGAUUGCAGCAUAGCAUUGAUUGAACGCUGCAUGCCCAAGUCGGAGUGUGUGGAUUUUUGUAAUAAAAAUUUAAAAGUAGAUGCUGUGGAAUUAUUUCAAAUGCGUAUCAUCAAUGCCAUUUAUAAAAAAGCCUAUAAUUCCUUAGACGAGAAUGCUUUAGAACAAAAAGCAAAUAUUUUUGUUAACUAUAUAAAUUUGCAAAUACAAAUGCUGAGCACUGACAUGAAGAAGUCAAUUGUAGAUACUAAUAAAAUUGAACUAUUCGCUUUUAUGCUUUACGAUUGGUGGCAAUCAGCUUAUACAGACGUUGCGGAGAAAACCUUACCAUUCGAGGCAAAUUAUAGCAAAAUUCUGCAUAAUCAGCAAUGGUUGAAUUUUUGCAAAACUUCUCUAAAAACUGCUAUGCAAAUAAAUGAGUCUGAGUUGAAAAUUGCCGAAGCCGAUCAACGUAAUGGUUUAAUACUGAAGUUACUGGCAUAUAUAUGUGGAAAUCUCUACACACUAGAGGAAGGCGGUGAAGGCAGUAGCGCUUCACAGCUUUUCGACAUAAUUUGUACACAUUCAAAGUUCUAUGAUAUUAUCUUACAAACUACGAAUACACAAGUGAAAACACAAGUUCUACAUCUACUGUAUGUAUUGGCGAAGAAGUCACCGUCAGCACUAAAUCAAAGUCAAAUACCAUUUAUCUUAGGUGCCUAUCAAGCAAAGUUAACACUCGCCGAUCGCUAUACACUGGGACUACUGGAGUUGUAUGAGUUACAUGACUGUGGCUUACAACAAUAUCGUCCAUAUAUAUGGGGUGAGAGUGCAGUAGCUUUUUAUGCUUUACGUAGCACAGACGAGGAACGCACUAAACUCAAACAACAAGAAACAUCCAUUGAACAAGUUAUGUCUCUGAUUGAUCGACAAGUCUGUGAAUAUACGUUGACUAAUUUUCCAAUCUGGCGUAAACUACAUGUUGGGCAACAAAUGCCCUCUAUUUGCUUUGAAAAUCCAGAACUGAAAGCACUGCGUUUUGGUACAAACAGUUUAGAGCGUUCCAUCGAAUCAGGCACGACAGCUUUUGUUGCUGCUGAAAUGCUCAUAUGUCCGAAACGUGAUGGCAUUUAUGAACAGUGCUACGAUCCAGCAUUUGUCGUGCCUUUAAUGAUUAUGUGCUUUUCACCUGAAGCUUAUGCACAUCCCGCACGGCCCGUACAAAAUGGUUUGCUUGCUGUUGCAUUUGCUGCACUUUCUUCACAGGACAGAGAUAUGCGUUUGGCUGCAGGCUGCGUUCAAUUACGUUAUCGUGCUCACUUUGAAAAUAGUAAAUUCUUUGAACGUCCCUUGUGGAUACAAACGUAUGAAAAUAUACAAGCUGGUUUGAGUGAGUUACGUGAUGCUUGGAUGAAGCACAAGAAAAGUCAUAGCACACCACGUGUGCCUUAUAUAUCUGGUCUAUUCAUAGCUAAAACUUUUAAUAUCACCACUGAUUCCACACAUUUGCUAUAUAAACAGCUUACCAUGUAUUUACGUCUGAAAAGCACAUUCAAUUUCCAAUGUAUACCAGAAUUCAAUGUACUCUUUUAUUCGCACGAAGUGGAACAUCAACAGUUCCGACGUUUCAUAUUGGAAGUGAUAUGCAAUGGUAUUAAGUGCAGCUCUGAUCUAUUUCUUUUAGUCAGCACAAAUACAUUUAAGGUACUAAUGGGCUUCUAUGGCAGCACAAUGUCUACGUUAGAUAUUAAUUUGCUGAUAUUGUCUAUAUUUUCAACUUGUGCCAAAAUACCAGGAUCUAUAAAAAUUAUAAUCGAAAAUGUAGGGCUCCUGUCUUGGUUAAGUUCAAUUGUGAACUCAACUGAAUUCUAUCAGUUCGAUGUGAUAGAGGGUCUUAUCACUGUGAUCAACAAUUUGUGGUAUUCACUUAAAGCCAGUGCUGCUCAAUUUCAUAAUAUUGAACAUCUCAAUGCGGAUAUAUAUCGACUUAUUUUAUUAUUAUUACCUCUGCUGUCACCCCGUAUUUCAGUGGGCAAUUUCUCGAAAUUGUUGAAUAUUAUGCAGAAAACAGCUGGUAGUAAGCAAUCAUAUCGUGCACUCUCAUCUGACCAAUUAGACAAAUUAAUAGGUUGCGCACAGCGACAUUUCCCGAAAUAUGUGCAAAAUAUUGAGAGUAUUAAGAAGAACGGCGGAGAUGGCGCUGCAACACAUGUUGAAUAUUGUCAGGACUUGCAUAGUCAAGGGGAAUCACCUAUGACUGUGUUGGCACUCUCCAGUUUGCGCGGUUAUGUUAUAGAUUGGUGGUCGAAUACAAAUGUUGAUGCUCUCACAAACAGCAUAGUUGUGGAUGAUCUAAAUAUAACAGAGAUUUAAUAUAUGUAUAUUAGGUAAAGUAUUUUAAGGUUUAUAGAAUUUUGCUUUUUUUUUUGUAAAUGUUUAAUUUUGUAAGUUUUAAAUUAAUUAAGUGUAAACUAAUUGUUAUAAAAAAUUAAGUUUUAAAAUGUUCAACUUAUAGUUUAUAAAUAAAAUGAAUAUUUUUUA